GAUCAUAUGACAACAUCACAAUAAAAAUGUCUGCCCGCUUUUCAGUGCGCUGAUUUUUAUGGUUUCAUAAGUGUAACAAAAGGUGUAUCCAUUAGCGUCAAAGCCUCAGACAAGUUUGCAUCUGAUGAAGACGUUUUUUAAUUAGAACCAAGUCAGACGCAAACUAGUCAGUGGAUAUUUUACAGCCCUCAUGAUGGAGCCCACAGCUUCGGGUAUAUUCUGUAACAGGAUGCUCAGUAUGGUGAACUCCGAGGACGUGAACGCCAUCAUUCAAGCUCAGAGACACAUGCUGGACCGGUUUGAGAAGACCAAUGAGAUGCUGAUCAACUUCAACGGACUGUCCAAUGUGCGUUUACAACAGAUGAAUGAACACUUUCUAACGCACACCCGCACUUUAAUAGAGAUGAAGAAAGACCUGGACAGCAUUUUCAGACGAAUAAGGACUUUAAAAGGCAAGGUUGCGAAACAAUAUCCAGAAGCCUUCAGCAACAUCAGUGAAUGUUCCAAUCUGGAGGAUGAUGAUGAUGAAUUUGAGCCCAUUCCUCCCAGUGUGGCCACCACCAUCACUACUACUGCAAUGUCUGAACAGAGCACGGGGUCAUGUGACACCAGCCCAGAUGUGAUCUCACCCACCGUCAGCUGCUGUUCUGAAGACCCCUCUCAAGAGAACACCGGCACACCGACCUCUGACAGCCAUGAACAGCCAGUGUUACGUGACGAGGGGCCGGAUUCAGCUGAUGUUUAGAUUUGUGUGUACAAUACUGUGUUUACUACAUACAGACGCCACUUAAAAGUGCAGAGAUGCAAGCCUACAGCUUAAAGGUUGUUAUGUGAAAAUGUUUUUAGUGCUACUAAUUUGGUGCUGUUGUUAAAUGUUUUCUGUUCUGACCGCUUACAGCUGUGGUAAUGGCCUGGAAAAAUAAUGCAAACUAGCCUACUAUUUGCAGAUUCUUUUUAAAAGAGUUGUAAGGAUACAUUUAAAAACACAUGUUUACCUCUUGAGAAGUGUUCAUGUUCAAAACUGCAUUAUUAUUUAGUGUUAUUUCUGAAUUCAGGGGAAAAUAAACGAAUGUCAUUAAAUAAAAGCUUUUUAAUGGUGCACAAUGUGAGUCUUUUAAUU